AUGCAACGAAGUCAAGGGGGCCCCUUGCACAAUGUCCUCACGACCGAAAUCCGCAUGAGUUUGUCGCGGUUUGCCAGUCCGGCGUUCCUGGGCGUCGUCGUGCUGGGUGCAGUGACUGGUUACUACAGCUUCAACGAGCCACUGCGGCAGUUCCACGCCGAGCAGCAGGCGAUCGACCAGCGCGCCAACGGCAAGACUGGUAGCGGCGCAGUGCUUGAGCCAUCGAGCAGUGCAGUUCCACCAUCGUCAUCAUCACCACCACCGUCGUUACCAUCAUCACCAUCAUCACCAUCGUCACCAUCAUCACCAUCAACAACAUCAUCGGCUUGAUGAAUGCGUUGUCGUUUUUUUUUUUGGAGAGUUGCUUCUUGUUCGUGUUGCUCGUGGUCCUUCUGGAUGUGAAGACGUGUGCUUCCUCUCUCCUUUGCAAUAGAAAUCCUCGUACUCUGAAUUCAUUGAUUCAUUGAUUCGUGCAUUCACAUUGUUACUGUUUCGUGUGCGUAGCCAGCUCGCCCUUGUUGUUUUUCAUUGUCGUUGAAACUGAG